GCUUCGGGGGGAGCGCGCUAACUGCGCGGUCGCGGGGCGUUCUCGGUGCGCCGGGCCCGUGGCGAGCCGGGCUCCCGUGGCCGCGUGCUAGGAGGAGGCUGGAGCCCUGUUAGGAAGAAUGGAGUUGGCGACUCGCUCCCAGAUACCUAAAGAAGUGGCUGACAUUUUUAACGCCCCCAGUGACGAUGAAGAUUUCGUCGGCUUCCGAGAUGAUGUUCCCAUGGAAACCCUGUCAUCAGAAGAGAGCUGUGAUAGUUUUGACUCACUGGAGUCAGGGAAAAAGCAGGAUGUGCGUUUCCAUUCCAAGCACUUCACGGAAGAGCUGAGAAAAAUUUUUAUAGAGGACACUGACUCAGAGACGGAAGAUUUUGAAGGAUUUUCGCAGAGCGAUCUGAAUGUAAAGAGUGACCCAGAAAUAAUGCUCGUGGAAUCAGAUUUGAGUGAUGACCGCAAAGCGUCUUUACUGAGUGAGGAAGAUGAAGAAGAAGAAAAGGCUACACCUAGAAGAAGCAGGCCUAGAAGAAGCAGUAUCGGUCUUCGAGUAGCCUUCCCGUUCCCCACCAAGAAAUUGGCAAAUGAAUCAGAUAAGAAAAACAGUUCCUCUGAGCCACUGCAUUCUAGCUCAUGCCUACAGGACAAUAAAAAGACAGUUCUGGGGAGACAGAAGAGCUGCAGACAGUGGAAGCAGAGGGAAGAUUCUGCCUCUGAGUCCGAGGAUGACUCCAGGGACGAGGGCCAGGAGAGCUCGGAUGCCUUGCUGAAAAGGACCAUGAACAUCAAGGAGAACAAAGCUAUGCUUGCUCAGUUACUGGCGGAACUGAAUUCUAUGCCAGAUCUCUUCCCAGUACGAACCCCAAACUCAGCUUUGAAGAAGAAAACCGUGCGGCGGGCCUUCUCGGAGGGACAGAUCCCACGGCGCACGAACCCCACCCGGAGCGCGAGGCCUCCAGAGAAGUUCGCCCUGGAGAACUUCACUGUCUCAGCCACCAAAUAUGCAGAAGAGUUUUACAGUUUCAGAAGAAGGAAGACAAUUAGUGGGGGGAAAUGCCAGGGGUAUAGACGACGUCGCCGUGUCUCUUCUUUUCGGCCAGUGGAGGACAUCACUGAAGAGGACUUAGAAAACGUGGCCAUAACUGUCCGAGAUAAAAUCUAUGAUAAAGUUCUGGGCAACACUUGCCAUCAGUGUCGGCAGAAGACCACUGACACCAAGACUGUGUGUCGGAACCAGGGCUGUGGCGGAGUGAGGGGACAGUUCUGUGGGCCGUGCCUGCGGAACCGCUAUGGCGAGGAUGUGAGAUCUGCUCUGCUGGACCCGGAUUGGAUGUGUCCUCCUUGCCGUGGGAUCUGCAAUUGCAGCUACUGUCGGAAGCGUGAUGGUCGCUGUGCCACAGGGAUCCUCAUUCAUUUGGCCAAGUUUUACGGUUACAAUAAUGUUAAGGAAUAUCUGGAGAGCUUACAAAAGCAGCUGGUAGAAGACAAUUAAAAGGAAAGAGGAACCCAGUCAUAGAUUACUCCAGAAAGACUCAUCCUGCCACUUGUGCCUAAGAAGUCCUAUGGUUGGGUUUUUAUACGGAAAUUCUUUGUAGAGCAUGUGUUUCAAAAGAUUUCUCAGGAAAAGAGCUAAGCAGAGGAAUCUAUAUACAUGUCUAUAGACAUGUAUAUGCAUACCUGUUUGUAUAUUGCAUUGUUAAAAAGUAUUUACCUAUGAAAAAUGCACAGUUGAAAUGGGGUGGAGUGAAAAUCCGGGUAAGUUACAGAGAAUACAUUGUGUAAGCAGCUCUCAUUUAACUGUCUAUGUUGCCUUGAUCUUUUACUUCCCAGUCUAACUCUAGACCCACUUUUUUACAGGGAUUAUAUACUCUUUAGUUUAUCUUAUAUAAUAGUGAUCAUAGUCUUGAACCACUCUGCUGUGGGCCACUGGAAAUUUAUACUGAAGAACUUUCCCCUAAAUUACAAAGUGCAAUUAACCACAGAACUCUAGAGUGCUAGAGUUUUUUUUAUUAAAACUUGAAUGAACAAAAGUGUAUCAUUAUGCUAUAGACACUGGAAGCUCAGAGCGCUGCUGGCCAGCAGGAGCAUCCACCUCUUCAUCCAAGACUUGUCUUUGUCCUGGGGCCAGCUGCUGCUAUGCUUGAAAAGAAUCUAAGGGCUAAUUUUUAAUUUAAAGAUUUUGCUAUUCACUAUCUCUACAAGCACUAAAGUCCCACUUAAUGACUAAUGAUGGGGCCUUCCAGCCACAUUGCUUUUUGAGGCUGUGUGCGUGUUCAGUGGAACCCUGAAGAGACCCUGUAUUUUGUUGAGGGGCACUUGGGAUGAACAUAGCUUCUGAAUAGGUUUCCAGUAUUUUUCGACGUUUUCUCCUUUCUCUUUUUUUCUACCCUUUAAGGAUGAUGUUUAAAAAAAUUAGUGCACGUGUAAGUUACUAAAAAAGUACAUAAGCUGGGAUGGUUGAUGUUCAGUAGACUAAUGUGCAGGUGAACAGUGCACGGUGAAGCCCCUCCGUGCACUCUGGCAGAGGACA